UUCAUCUUACGACAUUUGAUAUACAUGCAGGAAUAUUUCAUUCACUCAUUAUUAGAAUUACUCAUGAAAAAACACAAUACAAUCUCCAACAAAAAUUUACUAAGCCAUCACUUGGAAAGGUUAGGGCAGUAAAAAAUUCGUCUCAAGAUAUGAAACUGGAAGGCAAAGAUACUUCAUUUAUACGUGAUAUCAGAAAAGGAGAAAAUAUAGUUAUCAUGGGAGAAAAACGAGUUGUUUUAAAGAUAUAUUCAGAUACGAAAUUAAAAGUUUCAGGAUCUUUUCAAUGUAUGAUCGGUAUUAAUUCCUGGAUAGAAUUUCAUAUUGAACCUAAGACUAAGCUUAACGGAUUCAUAGAUGCAUAUAAAUUAAUGUUUGAAAAAUAUCCCAUUGAUAAUAUUAUUGGUUCUGGACAAAAUCACACAUUAAAUUUACAAAUUGCAUUAGGCUUAAGAGAUUAUGAAAAGAUUUCCAAUUAUGAAAAUAAAUUUCAGAACUAUGUAACAAAUAUGUUUGAAGAAUUAAAAAGACAAACGAACAAACCUGCAACUUCUAUAAAUCGAUUUGGAAUAUCGUGUUUAUCUUUUUCAGACCUUGAUCUAGAAAACUUGACUAAUGAAUUGAGUGAUCUUAAAAAAAAUCAGUUUGGUGAAUGGAUAAUCAAACUUUGUAUCUUGGUUCCUAUACAAAUUGCCGUUGCACGAGAUAAUAUUUUUCAGCCAGUUUCCGAUGGUUCAUUAUUGCUUCAUGCAGGAAUUAAUGGUUCGGCUGAUGAAAUCGUUGAUGAAAUUGCACAAAACAUAAG